CCUCCUUUGUAUGGCUUCAGGAUAACUUGGUGUUGCACUGACAUCCGUGGUCACUCCUCGCAGAUUCUUUCGUCUGGAAAGGCCAAAGUUUGUUCAUUUGGAAGGCCUGUUCCGUGUGCCAGGCAUUGAAGAUUGCAACAAUGUUGUGGUUCAUUUUAAACAUGGUUGCAUAUGUGAUGCGGAAGUUUCGGAGGGAGCCAAGAAGAGCAGCGUUAAUAGAGACAGAUGGUUUCCCAGUUUCUGAUGGAAGGGCAGGUUACAAAGGCCACUGGAGGUCACCUGGAAAACGAGCUACGCCGAGGAAAGGUUUCUCAAAUGAGCCUCCCGAAUCCUUUUUCACAAGAACUGGGCCUGGAAGAAAACUACGGCGAGAAUCGUUUGUGAAUGUUGAAGGAACAGGCAAGUCGAUUGCUGUCCUCACCAGUGGAGGGGAUGCCCAGGGGAUGAAUGCAGCUAUCAGGGCAGUGGCAAGGCUUGCAAUUUACAGUGGUGCAAAGGCAUAUGCUGUUUACUGGGGUUACCAAGGCCUUGUUGAUGGGGGAGAUAACAUAAAAGAACUUGAAUGGCAAAGUGUCACUGGCAUUACACAUCUAGGCGGAACUGUAAUUGGAAGUGCUCGUUGUAUAGAUUUCAGAUCCAGGGAGGGUCGUAGACAGGCAGCUUUCAACCUUGUCACAAGAGGUAUUACAAACUUGGUAAUUAUAGGUGGCGAUGGAAGUCUUACUGGUGCAAAUGAGUUCCGACAGGAGUGGCCUGAGCUUUUGAAAGAACUCGUCGAAGAAGGCAGAAUUAAGGCUGGCGAAGCUGUGUUGCAUGGCCAUCUAAAUAUUGUUGGAAUGGUUGGCAGUAUUGAUAACGACUUUUGUGGCACAGACAUGACAAUUGGUGCUGACUCAGCACUGCAUCGGAUUGUUGAAUCAGUUGAUGCAAUAUCUACAACUGCAGAAAGCCAUCAAAGAGCUUUUGUGUUAGAAGUGAUGGGAAGGCAUUGUGGUUACUUGGCUUUAGUUGCAGGCAUAAGCGUUGGUGCCGAUUGGAUAUUUAUACCAGAGUGGCCUGUUGAAGAUGACUGGCAAGACAAUUUGUGUACCCAGCUUCGAAAGGGCAGAGAAAAUGGUCGUCUGCUCAGCAUCAUUAUCCUCGCCGAAGGAGCGCAAAACAUCCACGGUGAACCUGUAACCGCCAAUCAAGUUAAAGAUUUGAUUUGUAAAAAUCUCGGCUACGACACAAGGGUGACAGUCCUGGGUCACGUGCAAAGAGGAGGUGCUCCUUCGGCGUUUGAUCGUCUUCUCGCCAUGAGGCUUGGCGCCGAAGCUGCGCUGACUGUUUUGGAAGAUGUGAAGGAUAUGCCUCCGCAGGUGGUUUGUCUUGAUGGCAACCAAAUUGUUAAAAAGAACCUCAUGGAAAACGUCGAAAAGUGUAACGCUAUUAAGAAGGCAUACGCGGAAAAAGAUUUCAAGAAAGUCGUCGAGCUUCGUGGAGCCUCUUUCAAGAGAAACUUAGCAGCCUACAAAGUGCUGAAGCUAUUUGAUCCAACUCAGUGUAACACGGAUGGAACAUGCAAAAUGGGAUACACGCUGGCCGUGAUGAAUGUUGGUGCUCCUGCAGGCGGCAUGAACCCCGCUACGAAGGCGUGUGUCCGAAGCGCUUUGAACCAGGGCCACUCGGUGCUAGCUAUAAGCGAUGGCUUCGAUGGACUAAUCAAAGGCCAGGUAAGGCUGUUGGGAUGGAACGAUGUCGACAAAUGGAGCAAUCUCGGCGGAUCAAAUCUGGGCGUUACAAGAACACUCCCAAGCAAAGCAGGAUUAGCUGCUGUUAACGACAGACUUUCUGAGUUUGGCAUUCAAGGCCUCCUUAUUGUUGGCGGCUUUGAGGCGUUCAACAGUGCAUUGGAGCUGGCUAAAGGGCGAGAGCGACAGAAAGCAUUUCGAAUCCCGAUUAUUGUGAUCCCGGCCACAAUGAGCAACAAUGUUCCUGGAACGCACUUCAGCCUCGGUGCGGAUACCACUCUCAAUGUCAUCGUCGAGUCAUGUGAUCGAAUCCGCCAGUCAGCAAGCAGUUCGCAGGACCGUGUUUUUGUUGUCGAAACAAUGGGCGGUAGAUGCGGUUACUUAGCAACAAUGGCAGGCAUUGCUGCCGCUGCAGAUGCUGCUUACAUUAGGGAAGAACCAUUCGGUGUUUAUGAACUGCUGGCGGAUGCCAACCAUCUCAUGUACAAAUUUCAAAACACAGGGAUAAAAAGAGGAUUGGUUCUGAGGGCACAAGAGGCAAAUGAACGUUACACAACAAAAUUCAUCACUAGCCUGUACGAAGAAGAGGCUAAGGGAGUUUUCAUUACGAGGGAGAGUGUUCUCGGACAUCUGCAGCAGGGUGGACCACCAUCCCCGUUUGAUCGAUUGAAUGGUACCAGGCAAGCAAUGAAGGCUGUUAGGUUUCUGAUCGAAAAUAUUGGUGAAAACAUAGAUGAAAACGGAAUUGUCAGUGCCACUUCACCAAACACGGCUUGUGUUCUGUGUCACGUGCGCGCCCAGACAUUAUUUAGGCCUGUCGUAGAACUCGAAGCCGAGGCGGACAUGAAGAACAGAGUGCCUCUUAAUAAUUGGUGGUUAGUUGUGCGCCCCCUGUUGCGAGUGUUAGCACGACACAGGGAGACAUUCAUACGAGAAGUUGACGAAUAGCCACAUUUCAGCUGGUCGCUGCUCUUUAUCUGAAGAGAAAGUGUUGGCGUUCCCAGGUACCACCUCAGUUUGACUCGCAGCUUAACUUUAUCAAUGAUUAAUGGCUUAAAUAAAGUAUUUAUUUUUGAAAUCCUAAGUAUGUAAGCAGCAGUGCCCCUGUCUUCGCUUCCUGAGUGCCCGUGUUUGUGUGGUUUUUCAAAAGAUAGCAUCGCGUCUUCCUUGUAAAUUCGUAUUGCCGAGGGGAACUAAUGCAAUUUGUCAAGUAGAUUAUGUCUGUAUUCAGCAUUUAAAUUUUAGUUUCAAGUAAAAGGUCUGAAGAGCCGCAAGUUUGCAAAUUAAUACCAAAAGUCGAAUUCAGGCAGGGAGAUUUCUUGGAGUAUAAUGGAAAUCAUUUGUCGAGGAUCUGCUUCAAAAAACUUUCGAAGCAAAGCGCAAUUUUGAUUUUGAAGUUCUCCAUUAUCGUUUGAAAACCAUUAAAAAUUUCAAAAAUCAACCUACGAAAGUUCAAAAUCUUAAACAAAUCAGACGAACAGUCCAACUAGGCCUAUUAACUUUUAUAAACGAACAAAACAUCUGGUUGGCCCUGAGGUCUCCCAAAAGACUGGUAUUUUAUUCCGACAGUUGCUUGAAUUUGUUUGCUUGGUUAAAGGUGUCUUCCCUACCGCCCCCCUUUAGCAGCGAGUUGAAUGCAAACUUUUAGCAAACGAUUCCCUAUUUUUUAUGAAUUGCCCUAAAACAAACUCACGUAUUAGUGCUUCCAUAUAUCGUUGCUUAAAUGUAUUGAUUUACUUGUUUUACUUAAAUGAACUUUUUUAACGCUUUCGCUUACAACAUCAUCAUCCAUGAGUAGCUAAUUAUUCUC